GGCUAACAGCGCCAAGUCAAGCCCUCGCAAGUCAAGGUGACCUGCUCCAGACGUCAUUCGUCCUGCAGAUUUCGUGCAAGAUUGCGCCAACAGAGCAAGUACCCAAUACUUCUCUCAACCUAACCUCGUCCCCAUCCUUGCGGCUCCACCAUCACCACCACCACCACCAUCCAUGCACAGCAGCAACACAGGAAUGCACAAGCUGCAUCCUUGGCUGAAAAGUGGAACUACAUCGACGGAGUAGUCUAUCUAGCCACCGCCAAACUCUCCCUGGCGCUGCACAACACGGGAUUAUUUGGCUCAAGCUCGCCGAUCGAAUCGAGCGCCAAAGAGCACGGCUUGGCAAUUUUUAGCUAAAGUACGCCGCUCUUAACACCAGAAAUAUUACUCCCGGAUGACAUGACGGUAAUCUUGUGGUUACAUUUUGUCCUUAUAGGUGAGUGAGACUGGGGGAAAGGGGGAAAUGGGAGAAAAGGGGGAAAUGCGAACAUGACGACAUAGGUCCAAACAAACCCCGAAAUCCCAUCCUUUUAGCUGAGUGAACCUCGUGAUGUAUUACAUCCUAUAGACUAGGCUGAGAGGGUACAUCGGAUACUUGCUGUUGAGUGGCUGGUAAACAAUCCCAGGGCCAAUUUCGUUUAGGGAGCCAAUUCUCCAGUGGUUGGCCUACGCAUUAUCAUCCGAUUCUCUCCAUCUCCAAACUAUUGAAAAACUAAAAUAGAAGCGAGAAGAAUAUAUGUACGGAGUAUCAGGAAAAACAUAUCUGCAAAUCAACUUGGGAUGUUUACUUUUCACAAGAAUUACACUGUUACUUUCUUGUGUUAGCUAAUAUUCGCUGGAAGGAACAUCUUGGUUUCGGGUGUGAGGGUGUGAGGGAUGGUUCAUGGAGAUAUAGUCUCUCCAUUGCACGGGGGGUCCCUUUGUCUAGCAUCAGAUCAUAAUACGCUAUUUUUAUUAAAUUCCUUUCCAGUUAAAGGAUCAAGAUAUGUACUCCGUACAACACCCAUACAGAGUAAAGCUUCCAGAAAAGAGAAACAUAGGGCCGAAACGAAUUCCUGGUGUAUUAUUAUUACAUCGGAUAGGGAUAGAGUCUCUACCAUUCUGUGGCUCGAAAUAGCAGGGAAAUUGUUGUACUCUGGUUCGCGAAUGUUUCCUUUUUCUCUUUUCCCUUACUCGUGAACGAUCCAAACAUCCAUCGGGAACUUCUGAAUGGGCCAGGGAUUUGCUCGACGGUGACCCCUCCGUGCCACUAGUACUACUAGCCGAUUGUGCAGAUAUCAAUUUUUAGCUGCACCCUGGCCCUAACUGAGUCCCCCUCCAGCCUAUCGCCGCCCAUGCCCAACCCCCCUCAUCUCUCCUCCACGAAGAAUGACCAGCAGCAUUCUCGCAUCUCCCGCCGACCCCUGGUCUGCAUACCCAUUGGGGUCCGCUUUUUGUUUUUGCUUUUUUCUCUGCUAUUUUUUUAGAGCGGCUCGCAAAAAGAACCAGGCAUGGUCGUGGUUUUUCUUCUUUUUGCGUGCAUCCGCCCAAUGAGGAUCGUCUCCUCAGCCAGAUAUGCCUGAUUAUUCGCUCGCCACACACUCAUCUAUCCCCGCUCAGGGCGGUCGAAGGCUGCAGGCUCUUUCUUCAAUCUAUUCCUUUUCAGAACAAGCUUGCAUCUGAUCCACAGGCCAAUGUCAAAAAUAGAAACAGCCCUUCUGCCGACCGAUUAUCGCGAGAGACUCUUAAAGUCAGGAUGCCCAAGAUACAUCAAAAGCUUCAAAGCUUCCUUGCUGUACGGCAGCGCGGCCUCGAAUUGAUUGAAUAUUCGCUUCUUUUUUCUUCACACUUCCUCGCCUAUCUGUCUUAUCAUCCUUCCUCGCCCUCUAUCUACCUCGACAGAUUCUUUUCUCCUUCACAAAGCCUGCUGGUCAAGCUUUGCGCCAUUCCUUGCUAUACAACACCUAAUAAUACAGCCAUUCGAAGCAAUCCGAUCUCGUCGCCCGCCGAAGUAGUACUACGGCUUGCACUUAUCUCUCUAGUUAAUUUACAGCUCCUGCUAAGGUCAGGAACUCAGACAAGCAAGCCCUUGUCUUCUUCUUUUGUUGUUGUUGCUAGUUAGUUUUGAGCAGGCUAGCUACAAUGUCGUACACAACCAUCGCCCCUUUGACAAAGGCACCAACAUCACCACCCGCAAACAUGGUCUCUUCUGAGUCAAACCCUGCUGGAAAGGUCACCAAAAAUUCGCGCAAGGCGACUUCCAAAUCCUUAACCAAACCCACCCAAGAUUUCUCUCCAAAGAUGGGUGAGAAGACACAUCGAAGGUCCAGAUUAGGUAUGUUCAAUCGUCGCUUCUUUCUGUUGAACUUGGGAAGACAACUAUAGGGGUAUGUAUCCAAGUAAUCUCAUGCGCUCUCUUUUAUAGGUUGCUUUACCUGUCGUCUUCGAAGAAAGAAGUGUGAUGAGGGAAAGAUUGUCUGCAAAGCAUGCAAAAACCUGAAGUUGAAAUGCGAAUACAAGCGGCCCAUGUGGUGGGGAAACAAUGAGCAAAGGCGCAUUCAAAAGGAGUUAAUCAAGGACAUCAUCAAGAAGACCAAGAUCAAUGAGAAGGCGUGCGCAAAUGCCAAUGCCCGCGCAAGCAGCUGUGCCCACACCGCUCCCAGCCUGUCACAUUCUGCUCCAACGAUAGACACAUUUUCCGAUGGUAUUCAUGGGACUCGCGCCCCUUCUGCCGAAUCGCAGUUCUCCAUGGAACAAGAGUUCGCCUUCCCGUCGCAUGAUCCAUUCGACCCAUUUGGAUCCCAGCUGCAGACUCCCCACUUCGAAGCAGCAGCUUUCUAUGGGACAGCUCCACCAUACGAGGUUGACAUCAAGACGGAACGACAAUUAUAUGUCAAUGAUAUCCCAACUCGACGGGAUUCUUCUAUCUCAACAUUCAGCACAUUCCAGCCACCAUUGUCCCAUGCCACCCUGCCAACAUUCCCUGGCGAUGAUUGGGUUCAGGAGGAAUACUUCGAAAGCUGCAAGAAAUCCUUCAGCUCCCCUGAAACUGGUGAUUUCGGUUUCCUCAGCGUGCCACCCGAACCAACUAUUGCCGACAUGCUCAAUCUUGACGACGGUGACCGACAUCUUUUGGAACACUUCUUGGAGAACGUCAUUCGUCUUCUUUUCCCAGUCCUGGAGACGAGACAACACGGUAUCGUUCAAUCGCAUAUCCUACCCGCGCUACAGACCAACAAGCCUUACCUGCACUGCUGUCUGAGCAUCGCCGCUAUGCAUCUCAAGUCCACUGAGUGCAACAAUGGCGAUCAGUUCGAUAAUGCCAUCCUAAACCACCGCGGAGAGGCAGUGAAGGAACUCAACGAAGCGCUGACUCACGACACUGACAACCUCCAAAUCCUCGAUGCGAUUCUGGCCAUGAUCCUCUUCCCAUGCACUGUUGGCUGCCCGAAUGAUGUGCUCCUCGAUAUCCCAUGGCACUCCCAUUUCCAACCAGUUACAGAACUGAUCACUAGGCUUGAACUCCCCCAAAUGCUGCUCGACGCUGACAAUCACAAUAUCCCCCCACCCUUCGACAUGACACUGGUUGCCUGGAUCGAUAUCCUGGGCUCAACGAUGCUUGGCAAGACGCCGCAGUGCGCACACGUCUACCGCACCAAGCUCCUGGCGGGCUCCUCUUCCGGUUUAUACGAUCUGAUGGGCUGCGAGGACCGAAUGAUGUACCUGAUCUCCGAAAUCGCCUGCCUCGACACUCUGAAACUCGAAGGCCGCAUCGACGAUCUCCUGCUGUGCUCACACAUCACCUCCCUCGCCCACCAACUCGACCACACCGAACCACCCCCUGGAUCCCUCGUCUAUCCAACCAACGACACAGGCGCCCUCCAAGCAUGCCAGCUGUCACAGAACAUGACCGCGCUCUUCCGCCUCGCCGCCCGCGUAUACCUCUGCAGCCUCGUCCCAGGCUUCCACCGCACCCAAGCAGGAACAAUGCGCCUAAUCUCCGACUUUGCAGACCUCGUAAACCUCGUCCCCGGCGGACCCGAUGGCUUCGAUCGCUCUCUCGUCUGGCCAUUCCUCAUCUGCGGCUCUUUCUCCACCCCCGACAGCGCCUUCCGCUCCAUGUUCGAACGCCGCAUCGAGAUGCUCGGCAACGCGGCCGGAAAUGGCAGCUUUGGCCGCAUGGUCUGUCUGUUGCGCGAGGUGUGGCGACAGGCUGACGUGGCGGCUGAUGUAUCGUUCCUCCCGACUCCAGUUUCAGCCGCGACAACCCCAGGCGGAAGCCUGUCUGCUGCCGCGGCCGCGGCCGCCGGCGCUGGGUCAGAUGACGAGCGCAACCACCACCACCACCACCACCAUCAGAAAUCCAAGCUUGCAAACGUCCACUGGCGGGAUGUUAUGAAGCAGAAUAAUUGGAAUUUCUUGCUGAUAUAAAAUUUCUCCCCUGCGGGGAUUUUUAAUAUCAGCUAGCGCACACCAAGACCAAUAUAGAAAAAGAUAAAUUUACACUCCUUAACGGGGGGGGGGGGGGAGGGCUUUUGUUGAAACGAAACGAACGAAACCCCUGCUGCACCCCAUCCUCGAACGAAUUUGUCCCGAGUUGAUCUCGAGAUGAAAAAAAAACGUGUUCUCACCCCAUUUCGAUUUUUUCAAAAAACAAUUAGGGGACUGGGAACCCAUUAUCAUGGGCCCAAUCCCAUUCAAUUAAUAUCCUUAAUUUAUUUAUUUAAGAAGAUACCCUCCCGCGCCCACUUGUAUCUGCAUCUGCUGCACCCCGUUAUAUACGUCUUCUUCUUCCUCUUUUACCUCUCGUCUUCCAUCUUCCAUCUUCUAAAUCUAAACCUGGCGUUUUCUGUUUCCUUUUUUUUUUUUUUUUUUUUUUUCCUUCCCCUUUUCUAAGAAUUAUUUCCACCUUUCCCACGACACUCACUCACACUUACAGAAAAACUCUUUCGCUUGUACCAUUUUUUUUUUUUUCUUGCUAUUUCUUUCAUAUUUUUUUGGGUUUGCUUGUUUUGCAUGGGUAACACUGGGCGGCAACGAUUGCAUGAAAAAUGGCGCAAAUGGCGGGUGGAGGAGAAGGGGGUGCUUAUUAUCUGAUUCUUUCUUUCGUGUUAUUUAAAUUUGUGUGUGCGUGUGUGAGAGACAUGGAGGUAGGCGGGUAUAUGGGGGGAGAAAGCAGGAAGAAAUAUCAAGAAUGAAUGGAUUAGUGAUAGUUAAAUAGAUAAGUUGGGUUGCUGAACGAUGAUGAUAUAAAUGAUUUUAAGAAAGGGAUAUAUAUUAUACCA